GCCGAAGAUUCCAAACUCCAAAGUCGCUGAGAGUCAAGAGGUAAAAACAUAUUUCUUGUUGCGCUUCCCCACAUGGUAUUUGUGCUGCUGCCUGGCUUUGGCUUCGGCACCCAUCCAUGGCUUCACUGGUGAUUUACUAUUUGUCUCAGCAGCGUCUUCCCAGAAGCUUUUUGUUGAUACCGACCAGCUUGGCCCUCGUAACCUCUCUUCUCAUCCUCUUUUACAUUUCCACAACCUCUAAUCUCUUCCCUCAUCAUCCUCCCCAACCCAAUCUAUCUUCCUUUGCACAUCAUCUCAUCCCAUCUCAAAGUCAACGCUCACUACCACCUAAGUCGGCCCCAAAUGGAAACAACGAGGUGUUCCAUGAUACGCAUAUCUUUCUUCAAGACUAUAAAGAAAUGAAAAGGAGCUUUAAGAUAUAUGUUUAUCCUCACAGGAAAGAUGAUCCCUUUGCAAAUGCACUUUUGCCUGUGGAUUUCGAACCUGCGGGUAAUUAUGCCAGUGAAAGUUACUUCAAGAAGGUCCUGAUGAAGAGUCAUUUCAUCACAAAAGAUCCAACCAAGGCACAUCUUUUCUUUUUACCUUUCUCUAUUGCAAGGUUGCGGCACGACCCCAGAGUUGGUGUGGCAGGUAUCCAAGAUUUUAUUAGAGAUUACAUUUUCAAUAUUAGUCACAAGUACGAAUAUUGGAACCGGACUGGUGGAGCAGAUCAUUUUUAUGUUGCUUGUCAUUCCAUUGGACGCUCAGCUAUGGAAAAAGCAACCCAAGUCAAAUUUAAUGCUAUUCAAGUUGUGUGCUCUUCUAGUUACUUCCUAUCUGGGUACAUUACUCACAAGGAUGCAUGUCUGCCUCAAAUAUGGCCCAGAAAAGAAGAGCCCCCUAAUCUUCUAUCAUCAAAUAGAACAAAACUUGCAUUCUUUGCCGGAGGAAUUAACUCCCCAGUACGGGAAAGGCUUCUUCAAGUUUGGAGAAAUGACCCUGAGAUUUUUGUGCACUUUGGUCGGCUUAAAACAUCUUAUGCUGAUGCAAUGCUUGGUAGCAUGUUCUGUCUCCACGUUAAAGGAUUUGAAGUAAAUACAGCUCGUAUUGCAGAUUCAUUGUAUUAUGGCUGUGUCCCAGUGAUAAUUGCCAACUACUAUGAUUUACCAUUUGCAGACAUACUAAACUGGAAGAGCUUCUCAGUCGUUGUUGCCACUCUAGAUAUCCCGUUGCUUAAGAAGAUCCUUAAAGGAAUCAGCUCCAACGAAUACAUGAGGUUGAAAAGCAAUGUGUUGAAGGUGCGCAAACAGUUCCAAUGGCACCUUUUACCUACUGAUUAUGAUGCUUUUAACAUGGUUAUGUACGAGUUGUGGCUCCGUCGGAGUUUGUCAACAGUUUCCUUGAGCACUUUUGAACAUUCCAAAUCAACAAAUGAUUUUACAUGACUUUGUCCAUUUCAUCCGGAUUCUGUAUCUAUCACUAUAUGAUUCAUCUAGUUAGUUCUUUUAUUGUAAA